AGUGUCAUCGAAUCGAUUUCUUUCUAACGAUUUGUUUGAGUCCAAUUUCGAUUUGUUUGUACCUGUGGUAAGAAACAUUUAUUUCUGUAUGAGUGACACUGUGCACUGGCCGUGUGAAUACUUGGCGAACAUUUCAAACCGUUUUUACCGCACGGGGAUUUUGCACACACGUCAACAUAUCCAUCUGGUUCGGUAACUCUUUUUAGAGGCCCAACUGACGUUUCGUUGGAGGUGUCUUCACCAAACAGAGACAACUGUCGUUUCAGGUGUUUUUAACAUUGAGAGACAAGAUGGUGAAGCUGCUAUUUCUGACGAGUUUGGUUUGCGUGUAUGCCAUGGAGUAUUGCCAACCCGGUCAUCAAGAACUCUUCGGCACUUCUUGCUACGAGUUGCUCACCGGUACGAAGACUUGGCAAGAUACUCGAGACGAGUGCUCGGCCAUGGGGGGUAAAAUGGCCGUCCCAGACACCCCGGAAGAGCAUGCGGGUAUCUGGAAGAUGUUCACGGAAAAGAUCGCUGUCACCUCAGAAGGAGAACUGUGGAUCGGCUGCGAAGAGAAUAAGACAGAUGGAAGGUGGGUCCAGGCUGGUUUGGGAGACUACGAAUGUGUUAACCUUCAAUGGGCUUCAAAACAACCUAGCAAUCAUGCUAAGGAACAUUGUCUAGAGAUGAGGGGCCAAUUCGACGGGAAAUUAAAUGACCGACAAUGCGACGAACCUAACUACGGGAUGUGUGAGUUUAAUGUCAUUACCGGUACCACCACACUGCCGCACCGUGCGUCUGCGAGCCCCGUGCUAUUCUGCUUGGAAGCUGAUGACGACGGCUACUUUAAGUCCCCCCGUGCCUAA